GAUAUAGAUCCAUUAACGGAGAGAGGGAGUGGGUGCAGUUAUCAAUACCAUUAACAAUGAAGCUUUAGGAUACAAAGAGUUGAUAGGGAGCCAAAACGACUCGGGCUGGAGAGAGUUGAGGAGGGGCACCUCAGUUUUCGGGGGAGGCGGGAGGAGGAGGAUGGGCCUCGAGCACAGACUUGCAAUGGCACUUCAAAUAUUGGAUUAAAGCAGUAUGGUAACGUUUCUAAUUUGAUUUAUAGCUGUGCAGCUUAUUCCUCAUCAUGUCCACGUCCAUCCCAUCUCACAGUCUGUCUGCGUGUGUUGUGCUCCACGGGCAGAUCCUGCUUUUCGCGCUACAGACAUUUGUCAUCUCCAUCUUUGCCCCGUAUAUCCCGCACUAACCACUAAUAUUUUUUGUUAACUUACAAAUAACUCCCCAUUUCAUUGUCCACUUUCAGCUGAACGCCGUUGUGCCGUUAUUUGUGUUGUGUUUUGAUUGAAGCAUAUUCUUUGGUACACUCUGCACCCAUGUUUCCAUUGCACACGCGCAUCAUGUUCUGCAAAUUCCUCAUAACAGCGACUGCAGUCGUCUGUUAUUCUCAAUUACGCAUCUAUUUUUAGUAGCCUCUGGCAAAUUGUAACCGAUUUACAACAAGCACUGAGAGCUUUUGAGUCCAUUUAACAAGGCCUGUACAACCGGAGUUUCAAAUGCGUCCUGUUAUUAUGACACCAGAGCAGUUCUAUUUAGUGCCAUGACCCAUGUGUCUGGUGCCACUCGUGUUUUCAGGCUCCGAUUACACUGUUUUGACGUCAGUCUGAAGGGUCAUUAACGACCCCACCAUCUGCCGAGCUACAGAGACUCCGGGCCCCUGGACGAGGGAAUCCCUGCGUGGAUCAAUGAUAGGCCCGUGUUGGCCGGGUGUCUCAUUGUUUAAAAGGAUUACACGAGCAUCAUAUUGUCUUUGAGAGAGAUAGGUCAGACAGAUCUAGGUUGCUGUCACAUUGAUGUAGUUUGCACAAUAGAUGCUAUAAUAAGCAUUGUCACCAUCUUUGUGUACACCACAGGGAGCUCUGUAGCCUCAAUUUGCUGAUUUCAACAGAUCGUUCUGCAUGCUCAGUAUCAUCGUGUUCUAUUUGUGCAGCAUGGAGCUAUUAUUAUCACCAUAGUCAUAAUGUUGUUGCCAUAGAGUCAAAAUAGGAGAUCCUCCUCCAGUGACCCAGAUUUGUAGAGUUGUUGAAAAUAAAGUAAGUGUAAAUAAAUUCAUCUCUAUGGUGCACUGCUCCCAAGAGAAAACACAGGUUGUAUCAAAGGCUGUUUUUUUCAGUUUUGUUCUUCUUGAUACUUACCCUCUCUUUGCCAUAAGAUGCCCCAGAAGUAAAUAUAUCUGCCCUUAUCCUAUGAAUUAGCCUACAUUGUGCAUCAGUGCACUCUCAUUGCUGUGUUAAGACACUGUUGUUUGUAACUGUUUUCCUGAUUCAGUCACACAUGUUCUUGUGGAUACUGAUACGGAUUCUACAGCAGUGGUUGUCAAACCAAAUCUAAAUUCCCUCCUACAGAAAUAUUUGACCUUCUGGGAUGUCACCAUAUCUAAAGCAGGUCAAGUACUACAAGAUUGCUUGCUUAUUUUCAUUUUAAAUAAGGACUACCCUGAAAGGAGACAAACAUGUGGAUUAAAUUGACUCUUAAGAUAACUUGAACUGUAUAGUAAUUCACAUAUCUGUUCUUGAAGAUGUGCUUUAAUGAGAUAUAGGGACAGUUUCAUAAUAAUUAAAUAUUAACUGAUACAAUAUUUAAUGCUGCUUUUUUAUUAUACACUAUCUUGUACCCUCUCUCCCAAGCUGGACAAGAGUGAGGUGUCCACGCUAGGCCUACCCUCUGCCCCAAGUCAUGGAGGCUCUGACACCAACAUCAGCGCAGAUGGAGCAGCAGCCGCGUCCGGAGCUAGCGGGGGUGAACUUCCAGGGGAACCACAAAGAACCAGGCUCGCUCUCGAACAUCUCCAGCAGAAGAUCCUCAAAGUCACAGAACAAAUCCGAGUGGAGCAGGAGGCUCGUGAUGACAAUGUGGCUGAGUACCUAAAACUAGCUCACAACGCAGACAAGCAACAGGCAUCAAGGAUCAAGCAAGUGUUUGAGAAGAAGAACCAAAAGUCUGCGCAGACCAUUGCGCUGCACAAGAAACUAGAGCAUUAUCACAAGAAGCUAAAGGAAAUUGAACAGAAUGGACCAGCCCGGCAGCCCAAGGACGUGCUCCGGGACAUGCAGCAGGGAUUGAAAGAUGUGGGGGCCAAUGUUCGUGCUGGAAUAAGUGGUUUUGGCGGCGGAGUCGUUGAAGGGGUCAAAGGAGGGGUCUCUGCCCUCACUCACACUGCUGUCGUGUCAAAGCCUAGAGAGUUUGCCAGUCUGAUCAGGAACAAAUUUGGCAGCGCUGAUAACAUAGCUCACCUUAAAGACACACUUGAAGACGGGGUGGGUGGUCAGUCUGAGGACACCCCUACACCUCGAGCCCUAAGUGGGAGCGCUACAUUAGUGUCCAGUCCCAAGUACGGCAGUGACGACGAGUGCUCUAGCGCCACCUCUGGGUCGGCAGCAGGUAGUAACUCUGGUGGGGCAGGAGGUGGAGUGGGCAUUUUAGGAGCAGCCAUGGGGAGCCCCAGACUGGACGGGCAUCAUCACCAUCAUCACCACAUGCACAGCUCCUGGGAGUCUCUGCUGGAGGGACUGCAGGAGAUAAAGGCAGGGCAGGCACACAUGGAGGACACCAUUGAAGACAUGAAAGGGCAACUGCAGAGCGACUACUCAUACAUGACACAGUGCCUGCAGGAAGAGAGAUACAGGUAUGAAAGACUGGAGGAGCAGCUCAAUGACCUGACGGAGCUGCACCAGAAUGAGAUGACCAAUCUCAAACAGGAACUUGCCAGCAUGGAGGAGAAGGUGGCCUAUCAGUCAUACGAACGAGCCAGAGACAUUCAGGAGGCAGUGGAGUCUUGUCUGACCCGCAUCACAAAGCUGGAGCUGCAGCAGCAGCAGCAGCAGGUAGUGCAGUUGGAGGGAGUGGAGAACGCCAAUGCCCGAGCGCUCCUCGGGAAACUUAUCAACGUGAUCCUGGCUCUGAUGGCUGUGCUCCUGGUCUUUGUCUCCACUUUGGCCAACUUCAUCACUCCCCUGAUGAAGACCCGUGCCCGUGUGGCGGCCACAGUGCUGCUCACAGUGCUACUCUUCGUCCUGUGGAAACAGUGGGAUUUUGUGGAGCUGUGGCUGUUGCCAAGCUGAGCCAGUUAAGGCCAAAAUAGAACAGAACCCAUUUUACUGUCUUUUGAGCUGAGUCAAAGGAUAUCAGGGACAAAUCAAGGCACUUGUGGACAAACCUUACACCAAUGUUAUUCAACACACCACAACACUUAUUUUUUCAUUAAGCAUUAACCUACUGGAUCGCCUGUUGUCACCAAUAUCAUACAAAUAAGUGAUCAUUUGGCUUCACUCAGACUAGGACCACUUGAACUGACUGAGCACUACCAUCUGUUGUUGUUACCUCAUGUCCAAUAUUCAUCAUGUAUUUAGGAAGUAAAGGCUUUUUCUUGAAUGUUAUGUACUCAUGCAUGUCCAAAUAUGUGCAUUUAAAUGCAUCUAUACUGGCAUGAGGCUAUUAUUUACUGAUACUACUUUCAGAAACUGCCAUUUGUCUGAAGUACAAUUCAGAUGUGUUCAAUGUCAAUCAUGGUUUACACCUCUAGUGUUUUGAAGCAAUGCUUUUAAAUUUUUUUCUUUUGUCUUCAGGCCAAAUGAACUGUUUUUUCACUACAGCGGUUUCUGUCUGUUAAUGCUUGUCCAUAAGUACUGUAGUAAAACAGCUUUUGUUCAACACAAGGUCAUUUCAGCUGGCAUGUUGU